UACGAUUGUCUUCAUACAUUUGAAACGAGUCUAGUUGAGGCCGCAACCAGACUAGAUUGUUAACAACUCUUGGCGGAAAGCAUUGCUUGAUGGUGAUAAGCAGCGCAAUGGGCUUUCUCGAACUGCAGGCCCACAACGAUUAGUUCGAGUUCGAGGCUGUGUCCUUAACAUUCAAUACAUUAAUUGCAUUCACUCUUGCACCAUGCCCGAUCAAUUAGUUCAAAACAUAUGCCAUAGUCGGGAGACCAUCUCUGUAGCCGCUGCCGGAGGAGCGUAUCAUCUAGCAAACUCAGGUCAAACGAACGACUAAAAUGAGCGAGUCACUGAGAAAAAUGAAUCAUGACCUGAGUCAGUAAAAGGAGUCGUUCAAAAAUAACGAAUCGUUCGUGAACUGCACAUCACUACAGUAAAGUUAGAGCGGGAAGUCCGGAAGUAAUUUCUUCACCAAAGGAACUACAUCCGCGGGCUAAAUUUGAAAAAAAUAUUUGGUCAAAAAUUGCUACAUAUUUUCCAAGGUUGACCCCACCGCUCUUACGAAUGAAUCCGUGGGACAUUGCUCCAUAUUCAGUGACACCAGUUGCAAGUCUUUUGACCAGAUGCGUCGCCUCGGGUGUUCUUUCCCAGGAGGAUGUUGAUUCUGUCCCUAGAGAACCCCACAUCUUUUCCCCACAUCUCCUGGAAGCUGAACAGCUCAUCACUAUGGAACGGGAGCUUGACAAGAUCAAUCUAGAAAUGGAGUUGUUGAAGUUGGAAAAAGAAAGCGCAGAUGUCACUCACAAAUUUUAUUUGAGUCAAAGGUUUACAUCAUUGCAGCAAUUCACCUCCCAUCUGCAAGAUGUGCUGAGAGAACAGGCAAGCCUGCGCCGAAGACUGAUGAAACCACUGUGUCAGACUAAUCUGCCCGUAGAGGCAGAUCUUCACAGAUAUGUGGUGGAGGUCAUGAGGAUGGUGGUGGACUUCAUUGAGAACUUGGAGGCAAAGAUAAGCACUGUUCGUUCUAUUCCCACCAUUGAUGAUUCCAUGAGCAAUCUGAACAAUGGCAUAGCUCAGCUCCUAGCCCAGGUGACAGAGGUGGAAAGACUCUCUAAACAGAUUCUACAGUGGAGAAGUCAAAACAGCAGCACUUCCAUCAAUGACAUCACUACCUGAGAGCAAGGUGAGUCCCAAUUCUUCACCUUUUUCCUGAAGUGUGCACUUGCCUGUCAUGGAUUCAACAAGGGUGGAAACUCCCUACAGCCAAUCCACUGCUUUCAAAUCCAUUAUUUUAAAUUGUAGUGUGCAAGUAAACACUUUGGGAGAAGGGUGGAGAAUCGGGACGCAACCAAAGUCAAACCUUUCAGAACGCUUCAAUGGACAUUUGUCAGUUAUACAUGACGAGGAUUAUGUGUUCUGAAAAUGUUUGACAAAUGUCUCAUUCAGAGAGAAUGGGUGUUGUGUUACUUUACAACAUUCCCCUUAAUGUGCUUUUUUUUAUGUUAAUUUUGAUUCUAACUAAUGCUAUCUUUGUAAAUAAAUCUAUCUUGUUAAUAUUUGGACUGUGCGUACCCUGC